ACACUAUAGUUAUGCUAUAAAAUAAAGGAAAUGCAGAGAUAAACAGAGAAAAAAAAGCUCAAACAUGGCAAACCCUAGAAGGAAUUCAUACUCAAACAACACAGAGAACUCAUUUCAGCUACAAAACCAUUCAAGAUUAUCAUCUAUAAAGCACUUUUUGAAAAAGCCACUUGCUUUCCCUUUUUUGCUCUCUAUCUUUCUCCUCCUCGCAUGGAUUUCUCUCAGACUCCAACACUCUUCUUCAAGUUUUUCUUCUAGCAAUCUCCAUGAGAGAAAAUGGAGCCAAGAGGAGGAUGAGAAGGCAAAUCUGAUCAGAUUUAAAUCUGGGUUCUUAAGUUCUAAAGAUAAGCGUGGCUGGUUGCUUGACCCUGUGUCUAUUGCUCUUGAAUAUGGCAUUAAAGGUGGAGCUGUGUCUUGUUUUUCUAUUCAUAUUGGUGAAAUUAGACCUGGUGGUGCAAGGGGAAAUCACAGGCACCAUACUUGCAAUGAGACAUUUGUCAUUUGGGGUGCCAAAACAUUAUUUAGGCUGGAGAACAAUCAGAUAGUCGAUAAAGGUUAUGCCGAAGUGAUCGUCGGCGUGGAUGAAGUUGCUGUUGCAGCUAGCCCAAGUGGAACAGGCCAUGCGAUAGUAAAUAUGGAUCGCACACAUACUGCAUACCUUAUAGGGUGCCAAGACAGUACGAUAAACUAUAACAGCUCAGCUACUGAUUUUAGUGUUUGGAAAGAUCUCUAGAGUUGUUCUUUUCAUACAUUCCCCUCUCUGCUGCUCUUCAACAAGCUGAAAUGGAACGUGUUUUCGUUCAUUGUCUAGCAUGUGAUUACAGUCACAGUUUACAUGAGAGGAUGACUUAUAUCUACCUGUAAAUAUAUUUGAUAUAUUUUUUAUGUCAAUGAUACCAUCGUCAAAUACAGUUAUGUGAUUA